AUGGGCAUCAAUGGCUUGCUUCCCCUACUCAAAUCCAUACAUAAAUCAUGUAACCUUAAAAAGUUCGAGGGCAAGACCCUGGGCGUCGAUGCCUAUGGAUGGCUACACCGUGGGACAGUGUCUUGUGCAAUGGAACUAGCAAUGGGCAAGCCAACUCGGAAAUUUGUUGAUUUCGCAAUGCACCGAGUCCGAAUGCUGCAACACUUUGGCGUAAUUCCCUACAUGAUAUUCGACGGAGACUACCUUCCAAGUAAGGCCGCGACGGAAGCAGAUAGAUCGAAGAGACGAGAAGAGAGCAAGAGAGCUGGGAUGGAACUGCUGAAUGCUGGGAAGACUUCGCAGGCGUACCUCGAAUUCCAGAAAGCUGUGGACGUGACGCCCGAGAUGGCUCGCCAGCUGAUCGACGAGUUGAGGAAGACUGGAGUGCAGUAUAUCGUGGCUCCAUACGAAGCCGAUGCCCAGAUGGUAUAUCUGGAGAGAAACGGAGUUAUUGACGGAAUCUUGUCAGAGGAUUCUGAUCUGUUGGUCUUUGGGGCGAAGUGCUUACUGACAAAGCUGGAUCAAUACGGGAAUUGCAUUGAAAUUAACAAGGCCGACUUCUCUGCUUGUAGAGAGAUCACAUUGACUGGUUGGUCGGAGAAAGAGUUUCGCACCAUGGCGAUUCUGAGUGGCUGCGACUAUUUGGCCAGCAUCAAUAAUAUGGGGCUGAAAACCGCUUACCGAAUGGUGAGAAAGCACAAGACCAUCGAAAAAAUUAUUCGCAUGCUCACCUUUGACGGCAAAUUCCACGUGCCACAAGGCUAUCUUGAAGCCUUUCGACAGGCAGAAUUCACCUUCCUCCAUCAAAGGGUUUUCUGCACUAAGGAACUCCGACUUGUCUUGCACACUCAACCCGAACAACCUCUCGACCUUGACCGCAUGCCAUAUCUCGGUGCAUUCGUCGAACCAAAGAUCGCACAAAGUAUCGCAAGAGGAGAUCUCAAUCCCAUCACCAAACUCCCAAUGGAUUCUGAUACGGAAAACAUUGGUGCACCUCCUGCGAUCUCGUGGUCGUCUCGGGCGAAGCGUGAAACCGCAACUUCAUCGGUCAAUAUGAGAAAGGGAGUCUCGAUUGAGCGCUUCUUCAAGGCAAAGCGAAUUCCUCUGGCGGAGCUCGACAUCAAUUGCUUCACACCUUCUCCCAGCCAGCAAGAUGUCCUUAGUCGAAACACCGGCUCAUGGAUGGCCAGCUCUGCCCCUAGUCUAUACCUCAAUCGAUCUACUACUGAGCCUCAACUUCCCCACUCGGCGCCUCCUCAAACUCAAGACCAUUCAGUUCAACAAGGCCGAGCCUCCAUCAACGCCGAAAUCCGUCCUCAAAAGCGAGUCCGACUAUGUGCUGAUGUUCAGUCUAUCUUGCCUUCCCCCAGCCAGCAGGGCGAGCCUAGCACCAGCCGGUUCUUUGGCAAUCCUAAGUCUGAGGAGAGCCCUAGUGUCUUGAGAAGCUUCCGAAACAAGAAGUCUAAGAAGCAGGACACGCAGAUUUUCUCUGACGAUUCCAUUGAGGAGGCGAUGUUGAGUCUUCCAGAUAUCAGUGAUGAGGGCAACCAGUUGGCAAAGCCAGGAAAAAAGGUGGCCAUCUUUGAGGAGAUCAUCACUGCAAGAGGUGGGGAUACUGAAGCAUCUUCCCUUCAACAAGCUGCAGCUGAGGCUCCAGAAUCUCAGGAGAGUACUGCCAGCGUGACCUCUUCCUUCUCCCAAGCAAGCUCUGCUAAGCAACCACCCACCCUUACGGAAACCGACUUCGUGCCAACACCUAUGGAGAAGCUGAAGGAGAACUUUGCGUUCGGUGCCUCCCGAGAGGCGACUCCCAAGUCAUCUGCAGUCAGCACAAGUCUUAUUACACCAUCCUCCUCUGUUCCCCGAAGACAGUCAAGAAUUCCUCUUCCUAUCAAAUCCGCAACAAUCACCAAAGGCCCUGCUUUCUCCACCAAGACCAGCCUGACACCCCUUCAACGUCUCGGAGCUUCGGCGGUUAACCAAUCGAAGCUGCCUAUGACACCACCGAUGACACCUCUGAUUCAGGCCAAGGCCAAGUCACCACGACGCUCCUUGCUCAGCAAAGCUUCUCUCCCCUUCCCGGAGGUUGUUGGAAAGUCCAAGAAGGCUACCAGCCCAGCAUCCACUCCACUCCCACUUUCCGGCAAGAAGGAUUACAAGCAGCUGAGCACCCCAACCGGCAGCGAAGAUCUCAUCAUCCGCGACAGUGAAGACGAGGAAAACGAACUCUCUGGCGACGACACACCCACCCUUCCCGUCAUCGACCUCCGCCGCUUCGCAUUUCCCGGCUGA